AACAAAACAAAAACCACAAUAAAUGUAUGAAAAAUAUUAUAUUUUUUUAUUGAAAAUGACUUAACAAGUCGGCGUUACACGUUUAAAGCAUCAUUUCGACGACAUUCCAUUAGAAUUGUAGUUAUGUGUGCUAAAGAAGUUUCACCGAAGUGACAACCAAAUACAGAAUACUGUGCUAUCGGCAUAAGCUAACGUUGACGUCUGUUACAGAUAUUCGCAUUAGCCACUGUGGUUUUUGCAGUCGAUUAUUUGGGUGUAUCGCAUCAAAAUCAUUAUGAAUUCGUAUACAAGGCGCAACUUGACCAAGGUGAUGGCCGAAAAGGCGUUACUCAGCGAGUCCUUGAGGAACUUAAACAAAACUACCUGGUACAGGGUGGACAAAGAGGACUUGAAACAAGAAGUGUUUGAGAAGUUCAUAGAAAUGGCGCCGGACACGGACACCGAACGAUUUCUGGUCGAUUCGACGGAGCAAAGCGACAGGCUUUUUACUCAGAUCUGGCAAUCAGCAGUGUCGUCCGUGUUAAACGCGUUCAUGACGAAGACUUCGAUUAACGGGUUGCUGAGAAGAGGUUCCAUGUUUGUUUUCUCUACAGCUCAAAUCAGAAAACUGCUUAAUCUCACCUAUUUUGCUAGCGGGUCUUCAUUAAUCGACUUGGGAGCAGGAGACGGCGCUACCACCGACAAGUACAUGCCACUGGUCAACCACAUUUAUGUGACAGAGAAAUCAGGACCAAUGAUUCGAAUUUUAUCAAAAAAGGGUUUUAGAUUGUUAGACGCCGACUUGUGGUGGAAUCACGAGGAGAAGUUUGACAUUGUGUCUUGCCUAAACUUGCUGGACCGUUGCAGCGAUCCGAUGGAUUUACUCGACAACAUCAAAAACUCUUUGAAACCCAAUGGCAGAGUUGUGAUAGCCCUCGUCUUACCAUACAAGCCGUUUGACGAAUUUAAGUCCGUAGUACCCGAAGAAAAACUACCGAUCACAGGCGAUUCGUUUGAAGAACAAGUAACGUCUACCAUCGAGAAUGUAUUCGAACCGGCCGGCUUUAAUGUGCUCUGUUGGACCAAACUACCGUACUUGUGUGAAGGAGAUUUGAGUCAAGAUUAUUACUGGCUUAACGACGCAGUUUUCAUAUUGUCGGUGCCACAAAUAAAAACAACGUAGCAAUAUAAUAUAAUUAUUUUAUUUUAUAUUUAAUUUUAAAAUAUCAUCUAAAAUAUUUUAGGAGUCAAUUAUUAUUACUAUUAUGAGUAUUUAUAUUUUUACUUAACGUAAACCACAGCAAAAU